CACACCAGAGACUGGGCCGAGGGGGCGAGAGCCACACUAUGAGGAGGGAGAGGAGAGGAGAGGAGACAUAGCCUAGCGGGGCAUAAAGUUAUGAGGAACGAAUUUAGAUACAUCAACCAUCACCUGUCUGACAACAAGUAAUACAUAAUUUAGAAGAUUUUUCUAAAGACAAAUACUGGACCAACUAUAGGCCUAUGUGGAUUUUUAAAUGGAAACUGAAUCGGACAUUCAGACAAAUGAAAUGGAUUAUGAUGUGAUUUGCAACUACCGGAAUUGGAUUGAAUAAGCCAAGUCGACUCAAAAUAAUAGUUCCUCUCCCUCUGACAUUUAUAUAAACCCAGCUAACCUUCACACCACCACCAUUUCAGAAGUCUCAACUAAAAAGUAUGGAUUUCUCUAGCUCCCUACCUCCCUCACCUUCUCCAUCCUACACUUCCCCCCUCAUCCCAAACUCCUCCUUCCCCUCCUCUCCAUCCAUCUCUCAUUCCCCCAGCCUGGCCUCAACAGCUCUCUUCUGCUCCCUCCUGUCCCUCCUGGCUCUCCUGGGCAUUGGGGGGAACCUUUACACCAUGGGCCUCCUCCUCAGACGCAGGAGAGGCAGAAGGAGGCGAGGAUGUUCUAGAUGCUGUUUAGGAGGGAGAGGAGUACCGUUACCAUCCUGCCUCUCCUCCUCUUCUCCCCCCUCCCUCUCCCCUUCCUCCUCUCCCACCUCCUCCUCUUCCUCAACUUCCCUCCAUCUCCAGGUGCUGAGUCUAGCUCUGGCGGACCUCCUCUACCUCUUCACGGCUCCCUUCAUCGUGUACGACAGCCUGGCGGCUGACUGGGCGUUUGGGGAGCUGGGCUGUCGCCUCCUCUUCAGCCUGGACCUGAUCACCCUGCACGCCUCCAUCUACACCCUUACCGCCAUGAGUCUGGACCGCUACCGGGCUGUGGCCAACCCACUGGCCACCUCGUCCUCCCCCUCCUCUGGGCUACUCCGUGUGGGCCUAGCGUGGGGCCUGGCGGUGGCCCUCAGCCUGCCCAUGAUGAUCACCCUCCACCUGGAGUACGGAGAUGAGGGCCAGCUGUGUGUCCCUGCCUGGGACGAGCAGAGCUCCAAGGUGUAUAUGAGCGUGCUGUUCUGUACCAGUAUGAUAGGCCCGGGGCUGGCCAUCGGGGCGCUGUAUGCUACUCUGGGCCGUCUCUACUGGGUGUCCCAGACCCGGCCCUGGGCCAGUGGUAGUGGGGGUAGCACGUCCUACCCUCCGCGGGCCCCAAGGCCCAAGGUCCUGCUCCUCAUCCUGGGGAUAGUCCUGGCCUUCUGGGCCUGUUUCCUGCCCUUCUGGGUGUGGCAGCUGCUGCCGCUAUACCGGCCCGACAUGCUGCGGACAGUACCGGUGGGUACCCAGGUGACGGUGAACCGGAUCCUAACGGGGCUGACGUACGGGAACUCAUGCGUGAACCCGUUCUUCUACACGCUGCUCACAGGGGGGAAACGCAGGAGGAACAGGCAGACACCGACGUCAGCGAAUCAGCUCUGUCGCAAGAGCAGUCCGCAAUAGUGUUAGUGACAACACAGACAGUCCGGUACAACAGACUGCAAUGGGGGCUGGUGGGGGCUGCUUACAAACUGUCCGAUUCAAACACCCCCGUCUCCCCGUGAAAUAUCACAGGGUAUUUCACUGUGUGAUUGUUACUCCAUAAGAACUAUACCAAAGAUAGCACUUUGUGUGCACGUUUGUGAUCGGACCAUAUUUCCUAUUUGGAGAUUAAAAAUGUGACUUGGGCUGAGCGAAAAUACAAUCUCUGUUGUGUCAAAGCUUCAAAACUGUUUAGGAGAAAUAUUUCAUUGAUUGUAUGAAUUUUCUAAAAUACAUACACAUAGGGGCCAUGAGUGGAGUAUGACAACAGGGAAGCAGAGUUUGUGUGUUAUGUUAUCAUUUAGGGGGCUUUCGUGGACCCGUGCAUUUCCAGUAAAAUUACAACGCUCUUCUAUAAGUCUGGAAUGCCAUCAAAGAAAAUGUUUUGCUUUUGAACAGCAACUGACUGUCACUGGUCAUGACAUAUUUGGAGAGUUUUCUUUAAAAAGUUGUUUAUUGACACAGAGAUGAUGUUUAAGGGGGUAGACAGGACCUUGUGUCAUGCACCCGUAAAGCUUGAUAUGCUUUUAAAACUACAGACCUUUUUUAUUAUCAAUACCUGCAUGUUGGGUUUGGAGUUUUAUUUUGUAAUGAACUGUGCAAUGCUUUGCAUGGUGAUGAUGACACCUGUAUUUAUAUCCAGUUUGAUGUGUAUAAUAUUAUAUAAUAUAUAACCUGAAAUA